AUGACAAAUGCAGAUAGAAAUGAAGCACGUGAAGAAUUUAAAAAUGCACCACAACCAUUUGAAGGUGCUAUUGGUGCCAUAGAUUGUACCUACAUUAAUAUCCUUGCACCUAAAGAUCACGAAAAAGCUUAUGUGAACCAUCAUGGAAAUCACUCGUUGAAUGUUCAAGCAAUAGUUAGCCCAAAACUGAAAAUUUUAAAUAUCAAUCCAAGAUAUCCAGGAGCUAGAAAUGAUUCAUAUGUAUGGAGCACAUCGCCCAUUCGUCGUGCAAUGGAAUAUCAUUACAAUCAGGGUGAACGCCAUACUUGGCUCAWUGGUGAUUCUGGCUAUCCAUUGGAGCCAUGGCUAAUGACUCCAAUUCCACAUUACAGAGAAGGCACUCGACAAUUACAAUAUACUUUGAAACAUUGUAAGGCAAGGAAUGUUGUCGAACGAUUUUUUGGGGUGUUUAAAAGUGUAUGGAGAUGCCUGUCCUAUCAACGGGUGUUAAUGUAUGCACCCGUUAUGGCAGGAAAAAUUGUAAAUGCUUGUGCAGUUCUCCACAAUAUGCGUAUCCAUUACCGUAUACCAAUAGAAGAAGAAAAUAUUGACAACAGGAAUAUCAACAAUUAUAAUGAAAGAAAUUUGCCACAAAAUGAUGUUGCCAUGAGAGGAGGCCCUAGAGCUGUAGCAAUGCGUAUUCAAAAACAAUUAAUGCAAGAUUGGUUUCCCGGGUAUAUUGAUGGUGACAAUUAA